CGCUCGUUUUCACCCAAAGCUUCGGGGGAUUCCGAGUGUAGCCAAUCCGGGGGCUUGUACUAUCCGCAGCUUAGACAAGCAAGAGACAUGAUGACAGCCUAGCUGGUCACUAAACACACGGGAAACUGUUAUGUCUUGUCCUACCGUAUAGCGAACGCAUGAUAAGAAUUAUCCGCUCUUGGCCUCAAAACCAAAGGUCUCAAACUGGACAGUGAACGGACGGAGUGACCAUAGGGGUCCACCCCGAGAUAGCCAGUGGUCAGCUGAUGAGCACGGCAGGUGGUAAAUGACUUACCUGAGAUUCUAAGACAAUCACACACCUGUGAUUCAAGAGCAGCUUGGAAAAGGAUUGUUUAUUUAUGUGGACUGUUUAUCAGUAAGCUGCGAACCUCGUUGACUCUUGACAAUGUCCUUACCUCAGUUCGGUUAUAGCUACCCAUCGACAGCUUCAUCGUUAUCAUCAUCACAGCAGAUCCUGAUGUCCAGCAGUCCGCCCACCACAACGUCCAACUCGUGCUGCGAGAAUGGCCGGACCCUAGUGACCAACCCCCACACUGGUCAGAGCGUGUGUUCCUGCCAGUACACCCCCUCCCUCCUCUCCUACUCCCGGGUGGCGGGCCUCGCGGACAGCGUCUACCCCACCACGCCAUACGCUACCCAGGGAUAUGUGCCCUUGGGCACCGACCCAUCCGCGUUCUACCCUCCUUUGAAUACUCAUUACGACAUCAAAGAACCUGGCGAGACCUGGCGUGGGAUAAGCCAGCCCACCGCCUGCUAUCCGUAUGACCCCACAGUGUCGGCCUACCCUUAUGGCAACGCAUACGGAACAAUGGACCUGAACAGUGCAGCACGGCGCAAAAACGCAACAAGGGAAAAUACGAACACCCUCAAAGCAUGGCUGUAUGAACAUAAAAAGAACCCAUAUCCCACAAAGGGAGAGAAGAUCAUGUUGGCCAUCAUCACAAAGAUGACCUUGACCCAAGUGUCCACGUGGUUUGCCAACGCCAGGAGGAGGCUAAAGAAGGAAAAUAAAAUGACGUGGUCUCCCCGGAACAGGUCGGGCGACGGGGACGACGAUGACAAAUGUCACGACAGCGAUGAUGACGAUGUAGACAAAGAUGAAGACAAUGACAAAGAUGAUAAGGAUGAAGCUAAAGAAACUAUAGACAUGAGCAAAGACCCUCUGGCAGGCUUUGACAACGUCAGUCAAACCCCACAUUUCCAGAGCGAGGCUGAUAAGGCUGUGAUUGACAGACCACUAGGGGAGACAACUCAUCUCUCGGUAGCUUCACCCCCGGGGCAAAUGAACGUAGUGAACGGCCCCUCCCCCCACGAACACAAACGCCCCGACUCUCUCUGCUCCAACAGCAAUGAUUCAGGUUUAAGUGACGUCAACUGCAGUUUUGCUGACGUAGGACACAAUGGUGAACAAAAUGGACUCCGACCAAAGAUUUGGUCUUUGGCGCGAGUGGCAACAUCGGACAAUUCGUAUCUUAACGGGGUGGGCAUGCGUCCCUUCCCAGAAUCCUCUCGUGUAAUGGAGGACAAGGCCCCUCUACCUUCAGCUAGUCAACCGUGGGAGAGCGCUCUCUCCACCAGCGCCCCCUACACCGGAAGUUCACUCAGUCUCGGCGGGCACAAGAACUCUGGGCCAGCAAGUCUGGGUCCCUCUCUCGGCGGCCUUUCUGCUAAUAUGAGCGCUAGUGGUUUGGCAUACUCACAACUUUCUUCAUUCUGUGCUAAUUCCAAAUUAUCGCUCGACUGAAAGUUUAUGUCACUCUUCAGUGCUUCUUAUCAACGCUACGCAACUCUGUGUACCUCAGUCACCUAGGAGGAGUUAUCUCCCUUUAUUUGCACCUAAAUUCUGGACAGGCGUAACGAAACGAAACGAAAGAAUGAAUGAAAGCUGACGAGGAUCACACUUAAAGGAACAGUUUCAAGGGCUAGAUGUCACAAGGUGUUUGUUGCCGAUAAUUGAUAAACAGAUUUUAAAAAAAAGAUUUAUCUUCAAUCAGGUUUGCAUUUCAAGUUUAAUGACCACCUAAGGAAAAGCCUUGUUAUUGUGUUUAUUGUACCAGGCAUAGUUUGACUUAUUCAGCUUCAUCGCAAUGACACCGUUGAUAAACUUACAUUGCCCUUGACCAAAGGGUCGAUAAUCAGUGUGCAUCACACUUUGCAAUAUUGACAGUAUUGCUGUUUUAUGGUCAUUGUGUAUAAAUGUUUCAAUUGCACAAUUUGUGAAUGUUUUCUUAGUGUACUUGUUGACGGUAGGAUUCAACCAUGCUUUUAACGUGGUUUUGAAAGUUGUAGAAGGCAAAUGCGUUUUGUUUUGUAAUUUUAUUUGCCUAACUGAUGCAGUUGGGUACGUUGGAUGACUGUUUGUAUGAGAUGCAUUUACAGUAAACAGCGAAACGUGUCUUUAAAAUGACACACGGUUAAUUAUUUUGACAAGUAAGACAUAAGUUAAAUUAUGAUUAACAGAGUGAAAUGUCAUAAUCAUAUAAAAAAUAGUAGUUUAAUCAAUAUAUGAACAGAAAACUUUUUCUUCAUCGUAAAAAACACGUGUUUUGAUUUGUAGCAUCGCAAGUGGCAUGAGAGCUGUAGUGUUUAUUGAAUUUUCUUAUGUAAUGCAUCAUAAACAUUGAAUUUCAGCAUAAUAAUGUAACAACAUUUGUAUGAAACAAAACAUGAUUAAAUUCUGAAAUAGAUGUCUGCGUUAACAGAAGUCUGAAAAAUCCACUUUAAAGAAUAAAAAAACGUAAUUUCCACUUUUAACAAAGCUUGUGAAACAAUCACUUCUCAUUAUUGCUAUACCUCGACAGUUAGAAUCUAUUUAUAUUUGUAGUUUGAAUUCAGCUUAAUAUCAUGCUGUUUGUCAAUUUCAAAAGUGUUUGAUUUAUUUAUUUAAAUUUGUAAAUUUUUCAUGUACAUUUGACGGCUGUAGGUAUUCUAUAUAGAUCAUUUCAUCCUGUAGUGCUAUGUAUUUAAUGUACCAUCGGGGAAAUGAGGGGGACUUUAUCGAACAUUUAUUAUCGCAAGUUACGUCUUCAUAUACACAGUCUAUCUCGGCUCUGUCAAUAUGUUAAUCAGAGCUACAUAAAUAAACCUUUCUUGUUA